UCAUACAAACAGAAGGAAUUUAACUGUACGUAUUUUCAAAUAUCAACUAGAAAUGUUUUAGGAUGGAAAUGUUUUCGAAUGAAAACGUACACAAUAAUAUGAAUUUCAAUAAAGCUUGCUUAAAAUUUUCUGUUAUUUCAGAUCUAUACAGUAGCCGCAUGUUUGUUUUCACAAAGCUCGUGCUUUCUGGUAGUUGAUCACUGUCCAGCUCCAUCACCGUGCACGUGUUCUUCAAUAUCUACACAACCGGACCCGCUUAUUUACAUUCACUGUGACUAUAAGAAAUUAUCAAAGAUGCCAACCUUCUCCUCUUUACAACAACAUCAUUAUUAUCAGCUGCGAGUGCACUUUGAAGAUAACAGCAUAUCGUACAUUCCAGCGUACGCAUUCCAAGCCCCUAACAAAUUGUCUACAAAUCACAUACUUCUGUUUCUGAGCGAUAAUCAAAUUUCCAAUUUAAAUGUUGAUGCGUUUCUUGGUAUUGAAAACACAACGUUUGUGGAUCUCGAACUAGGGAACAACAAUUUAACGUCUGUGACGCUUGCAGUGAAACAAAUCAAACACAUUCGUUUACUUGAUUUAACAGGUAAUCCUAUACAUACGUUGGACAGCUCUGUUCUUUCACCAAUUGGCCAUUCCCUUGAAGUACUAGAACUGGACCUUUCACUGUUCUCAAAAUGGCCGAGAAAGUUUCGUCUGCUGGGAAAAAUGAAUUAUCAAUAUUUGAAAAACACACCGUUUACUCAUCUUGAUAAAGAUGCUUUCAAUGGUUUUGGUUUUGGUCAAACACCUGUUGCAUUAGAAUUUUUGGGUUCUCAUUUAGAAUAUUUUCCAGGGGCUAUUUGCAAAUUGCCAAAGUUGUAUUUACUUACAAUCGACAACUCUCCAUUCAUCAAUGACAACGGAUAUUCCCUUUUUUCCCAGUGUCACGACCAGUUAUCAGGCUUUGAACGUCUAUCACUUACCUCUAACAACUUUCACAGUUUUCCAGACGUUUUGCGAAUUGCUCCAUCUUUAACAAAUAUUCGUUUCAACAAACAACUGCAAGAAUUAUACCUUGGCGAUACCGCUAUGAAAACGAUCCCACAAGCCAUUCUUAGCCCUCCAAAAUUGUCAGCAAUUGACAUGAGUAAUAUAGUCAAAGAUUGCACGUGUGAUUUGUCCUACUUGAAACACUGGAAUGCCUCUGCGUUGCUGUCAGAUCCAAUGUGUACUUUCCCUAGAGUUACAGUUAAACAAUACAUUACAACAUAUUUACAACAAUGCCCGUAAUUCGUCUUUAUACUCUUGAAUCGAAUCGCAACACCAUUUAACAACUCCAUGCCGAAAAUCGGGGUAUAAAAGCAAGGUUUAAUGCAACCUUGUAGUCUGUGGGGCAGAGGGUGUUUGUUUUUGAAUGCUUAAAAUCUCUUAAACUAAAGUUUGUUUCUCAGCAGCAGAUGUGAAGUUAAAACAAGAAAAGAAAUGCUUCUUGGCUGGACAUUGUUUCUGUGCCUUUGUAGUGUUUAUUUAUCUUAUGUGCAUUAUUUCAAUAGUGAAAUCAGCAAAAAUUCGCUGAACGUCUUUCAGUUAAUUUCAAAAUAUAAAUCAUGCCAACGAGUUGUUCUUGACCCCCCUAUAAGAAUUCUGGCCUCAUGUUCAUACAACAUUUUCAGUUUCAGGUGAGUUUGAUGAUGAAACUUUAUUUGUUAUUAAAAUAAAUAUAAAGUAAAUGCCAAUUAUCAAGUGAAUAUUCAGUACUGAUGUUUAGUAUUAAUUUGAAUUUAAGUCGAAGUUCUAGUAAAAUGCCAACCUCAAACUUAGCUGAGACUAAAUUAAUGUUCUGUGAACAUGAGACAUGUUCUUUGAUUAUUAGUUGAAUAAUUUAUUCUCUGCUGUAUUUAGAGUUAAUUCAUUGUAUUUUUUAUAUUCCUUUUGUUUUGCUAUGUUCAUAGAUUUCUAUCAU